AUGUACAGACCCGACUUCACCCCCCGCACGCCCCAAAACAGCAUCUCCGAAGACCACCGCUCCAUAAUCGACCAGCUGGCUACCCUCCAACACGGUGGCAGCAGUCGCCAGGGCACCAGGCAAGACAGCGAGGGGGGUUCGAUCACAGUUGAUCGGCCGCUGUUUACGAUGACCGGGGAAGCCAGACAGACUGCCCCUCGGCAGACGUCAGAGGGCGGUCAUGCGAGCCGCAGCAGUGUGGAUUCCGAUGCUAGUGCCAGUGCCAAAUCUGAUGGGAAUGCUGGGGCCGGCUCUGACGGGAAUGCGCCGGCGUUCGCGAAUAGACUGUCGAAUGUUUUUCGGAAGGGGAGUGCGGAUAUCCGGGAGUGGAAGGAGGAUUGA